GAUUUUUAUUGGCUUUUUAAAAAAAUAAAACUUUGAAGAAUAUUUUCAAGGCAGCCUGGAAUCUUAGAUUUUUUUUGGUGUACAAAAAGUUAUAUUCACAUAAGUAACUUGACUGGCUAAACACUAUUUUUCUUGACUUACUAAACGAUGAGAAGACAUAACAAAUGUUCCAUUGACUUUUCCGUGUGGCGAGUGGGCGAGUGAAUUAUUCAGAAGCGUUUGGAGACGCCUUCGGCUUUUGACACGCAGCCCAGGAUAGCGAACCCUUGACCCUAAACACUAAAACCCUUUCCUUCGGCAAACAGCAAAGCCUUCGAGGACUUCUCGGACUUCUCGGAAUUCUCGGACCAACGCGAACUUCUCCAGCUGAGAAAUUAAAGAACAAUAACAAUAGAGGACGCUCACUGGGAAAAGCAGGUUGUCCGUUGAUUUAAGUGAGUGCUGUUUUUUUUUGUUUGUUGCCCGCAUUUGGGAAGCGGCUCAGUGCAGCCGGCGAUGCCUUAGGGGCAGCUCCUCCAUUCCGAGAACGAAACCAUCUCGCCAAUCUCGCCAAGAUGCCCUACAACCUCUGGCUGAAGCGGCGCCUCCAGCUGCUGGCCUCGCUGCUCUUUUGCCUCCUCCUGGGCUACCUGACCUCGGAGGCGGUGGCCAAGCCGACACUCUCCUUCAGCUUGCCGCAGGGCCUCCAGGGGUUCCCCUCCUUCCAGUCGUUCACCCAGCAGAUCAUCGAGCAGCGCAGCGCGCGCCAAAUGAAGACCUACAGCGGGAAGCGUGUGAGCAAUGAUUCACUCAUUAUGAUAUACUAUCACGAUCUGACCAUAGCCGUAACGGAGUUGGGACCCCAGAAGCUGCUGCUUGGCUGCGAACUAAUCGAGAUCUACAACGACAAGGAAGGCAAGAUGUUGCUGGAGGGUCUGUCUCAUUACAAUCGCCCCCUGGAGAUCAAAUUCGACGAAAUGCUGAAGCUGAUGGAUCAGUGUGAGCACGUGGACAAGAUGACCUACGCCUCGCGGCACAAAAUUAAAUCGGAGGGAGGUGAGCGGAGCAGUGGUGGUGGAGAUGGGGACCCAUCCUCGACGGGAGGAGCAAAUGAUGGAGUGGCCCUUAAGCUGGCCACCAACAUCUUUCCGCGCAGUCCCUUCUCUUUACUUAGUGGCAUUAUUCCAGGCACAAAGUGGUGUGGCACUGGCGACAUUGCAGACACGUACAGUGAUCUCGGCAGUGAGAUGCCCAUGGAUCGCUGCUGUCGGCAACACGAUCUGUGUCCUGUGAAAAUCCGGGCCUAUCAGAACAAAUACGAGUUGAUGAACGACUCCCUCUACACAAAAUCGCACUGCAUCUGCGACGACAUGCUGUUCUCGUGCCUGAAGAAGACCAACACCUCGGCCUCGCAGCUGAUGGGCUCCAUCUACUUCAACCUGGUGCAAGUGCCCUGUUUGGAUGGACGGAGCAACCAGUACAAGUUCCGAGCGGCCAAGGAGGGAUUCUAGGAGUUCUGGGC